CUCCUCAGUCUGGACACAUAACUACUUCAAUCUCUCUCUCUCUCAACUCAACCCUUUAGCUGUUUUAUGUUCUUGUUACUUCUCCUAUGCACUAAAAUAAAACUGCUUUUUCCACUUUCUUCUUCUUCUUCUUACCUUUCACUAUUUGUUUCCUCUUUCUCCUGUUAAAUAUUCUCUUAUGUUAUAUGAGAUGAAAUCAGCAAGUGUUAAAGAUAACACAAAUCUCCUAACUCAUUACCAAUCUUGUUAUUCUUCUCCUUCCAUUGGAACUGUCUAUGCAAAUAUGGAUUCUCUAUCACUUCACUAUGCUGCUUCUUCUUCAUCUCAAGACUGCUAUGUCUCUAAGGAGGGUACUUCUACGAACUGGUCUUCACCACUUAUGAGAGAAUGUUAUCUUACCAGAAACUUUGAAGAAAACAGCAACAGUGAUGAUAUUGGGGAAGGAAAUGGUUCUGAUUCUGGUGAUGGUGUUGAAGAAAACAGUGACAAAAUUAACCUAAAUGAAGAGCCCAACCCUAAUGAGAAUAAUACCGGACAUUCUAAACUAUGUGCGAGAGGUCAUUGGAGACCUGCAGAAGAUUCUAAGCUAAAAGAACUUGUUGCUCUAUAUGGUCCUCAGAACUGGAACCUCAUUGCUGAAAAGCUACAAGGAAGAUCAGGUAAGAGUUGUAGACUUAGAUGGUUCAACCAGUUAGAUCCAAGAAUAAACAGAAGAGCUUUUAGUGAAGAAGAGGAAGAAAGACUAAUGCAAGCUCAUAGGAUUUAUGGAAACAAAUGGGCUAUGAUUGCAAGGCUUUUCCCUGGAAGAACGGAUAACGCAGUUAAGAAUCACUGGCAUGUUAUCAUGGCUAGAAAGUACAGAGAACAAUCAAGUGCUUACAGGAGAAGGAAGCUGAGUCAAUCGGUUUACAGAAGAAUAGAAGAUAACACAACAACAAGCUUUGUCUCAAGAGAUAUAGAUCCAGUUUCAUCAUCCUAUUCUUCUUUCAACUUCCCAAAUGGCUAUAAUAUCACUACUUUUCCAUAUCCAUCUUUUCAGGCUGGUGUUGAGUAUUUUAGCCCAAUGAGUUUCUACCAUAAUCAACCCCAACAUAUGAUAUCAAUGCAACAGCAACAACAAAACAUGAAUCACAAUAAUAGUAAUAUUUACAGUUUCUCAUCAAAUUCAACCACAUUAGCAACAAGAGCACAGUUAUUGAACAGUGAAGUUUCGCUGUCAUCCGUGGCAGCAGAAGACAGAAAUGAAGUUCUGAUGAGUAAUCCCCCUCCAUCAGAUGCAAUUCCAUUCAUUGAUUUUCUUGGAGUAGGAGCCACAUGAAUCAAAGUUAUAACCCAAUGAAAAAGUUGCAAUCGUUUUUCCAUUGAAGCUCCUCAAUAUAGGUGUGGUCCAAUAGUACAAGGAAAACAUUAGAGGUAAACAGAAAGGAUAGUUGCUUCUGUUUGGUCACUGUAUCUCUUCUCAUUAUUAUUCACAUGUGGACCCUUAUCCAAACUUCAUUAAAAUUCAUGAUAUAAUAAUAUAACUCAAUUUUAUUAAUAUUAGUAUAAACUUUCUC